CUGUCCUGAUGAAGGAUCUCGGCCCGAAACGUCGACAGUGCUUCUCCCUACAGAUGCUGCCUGGCCUGCUGUGUUCCACCAGCAUUGUGUGUGUGUUGUGUGAUUCCCCGAGUCUGCAGCGCGCGUAGUGGACAAUCGCGGUACUGCAGGGGAUCAGCAGCUCCCCGAAAGUGAAAGCAUUCUGAAUCAGGAAGUGCCGGAGUUAACAUGGCUUCGAAAGGAGAGACCGACAGUUUGAGCGAGGAGGUGAUUUGUCCCGUCUGCCUGGAUUUCUUCAUCGAUCCGGUGUCACUGGAGUGCGGACACAACUUCUGUCGCUCUUGUAUCACACGGUGUUGGGAAAGGGAGGAGAGAAACUCCUGCCCGGAAUGUAGAGAGGAGUUUGCUGACCGCACCCUCAGGGCCAGUCGGGCCUUAGCAAAUCUGGCUGAAAAAUUUCGAAAUCUAAACCUGAAUCCGAAAGGGAAGGAAAGUAAACGUCACUGCGAGGAACAUGAGGAAGAAUUGAAGCUGUUUUGCGAAACGGACAAGACACUGAUCUGUAUGAUCUGUGCAGUGGCGGAGGAACACAGAGAGCACCGCUUCAGGCCGAUUAAAGAAGCUGUUAAAAACUAUAUGGAUCAGCUAAAAUCUUCCUUAGACUCUCUCACAAAAAAGAAAUCAGACUUCAAGGAAAAGGAGCAGCAACAGAAAGAGAAGAUUUCCGGAGUUCAGGAACAGUCACACAGCCUUCAGUCCCACGUCACAUCCCAGUUUGCUGAACUGCGCCAGAUUAUCACUGAGAAAGAGCAGAGCUUACUCAGGGAUCUCAGGGAAGAAGAGAAGAGGAUUCUCAACCAAAUGGAGAAAAAUCUUCGGGAGAUUCAGGAGAAUAUAAGGAGUAUUCAGGAGGAAAUCACUAAGUUAAAGGAACAGAUGGAUCAGAAAGAUGGUGUGAUAUUUCUCAAGGAGGAAGCUCGUCGGAACAGAAGGAUUAAUGACGAUGUCCAGGAAUUGUCAGUGACAGAUGAGACCCUACCGGUUGAAAAAUUCGAUCACCUCUAUUUGUUGAACACAGUGCUGAGAGAAAUGCUUGAUGCUAUUAAUCGAGUCUCUGUCACCCUGGAUGUGGAAACGGCGCAUCCGUGUCUCGAGGUGUCUGAGGAUCGGAAGAGUGUGAGACGGACCGAGUCCCGGAGGAAUCUCCCUGACACCGGGAAGAGAUUCACAGUCCGGCCUUGUGUGCUGGGAUCGGAGGGAUUCCCAUCGGGGAGACAUUACUGGGAGGUGGAGGUGACGGGGAAUCGGUUCUGGUGGCUGGGAGUCGCCGCAGACUCUGUGGAGAGGAAGAGACCGGUCAGUCUGAGACCGGAGACCGGAUUCUGGGUCAUCAGGCGGGUUGAUGACGUGUUACAUCGGGAUUAUGACGUGUCCGGUCGCCCCUCCCCCGGGUCCCGUCUCGCUGCCGGUCCCAUCCCCGGGAGGGUGGGAGUUUAUCUCAGUUACGAGUCCGGGACAGUUUCAUUUUACAACGCGGAGACCAAGUCCCAUCUCCACACCUUCACUGGGAAUAAAUUCCCGGGGAAACUUUAUCCUUUCUUCGCGCCCUGGGAUGUGAACCAGUGGCUGAGAAUCUGAUCCGGUUCCGCUCCGGGUCUGUAAACGGGUCGGGUCCCGGGACCGGCGUCAGGAGUAAAGUCCCUGUAAAUAUAAAUGUGCGGAGAGUGCAGCUAAAUACGUGGCUAAGGAGAUGGUGCAGGAGGGAGGGCUUCAUGUUUCUGGACAAUUGGGCUUUGUUCCCGGGAAGGUGGGGCCUGUUCCGACGGGACGGUUUGCCCCUAAACUGGGCGGGGGGGGGGGGGGAAUAACAUUCUUGCGGGUAGAUUUGCCAGUGCUGCUCCGGGGAAUUUAAUCUAGAUUUGCAGAGGGAGGGGAACCAGAGUGUUAGAGCAGAUAGUGAGGCGCAGGAGGAUAAGGAACAUGAGAGGACUGCAUGUAUAAACGGAAAUGAAAAAAAAAGCAGAUGGUAUACAUAUUCUCAGGUACAUCUAUUUCAAUGCACGGAGUAUUGUCGGUAAAACAGAAGAGUUCAGGGCUUGGGUUGACACGUGGGAUAACGACAUUACUGCUAUUAGUGAGGGGCAGAACUGGCAGCUUAAUGUUCUGGUAAAACUGGAGAACGGCCAAUUUUGUGGAAAUGAAAAAGGAUCUAGGAAGAGUGGAUUGGGAUAAGUUUUUUUUUCUGGCAAGAAUGUGUUCAGUAAGUUCACAGGCAUAAGAAAUUAAAUAGAGAUUGGGUUGGAAAUGUUAUAGCAACUUCAUUUAAUUCAAAAUCGAGAGGAGUUGCAAUUUCGGUUAAUAAAUCUUUACCAAUUAAAAUACAAAAUGUAACAAUUGAUUCUGUGGGGAGAUAUGUGAUUAUACAUUGUCAAAUUUGCUCAGAAUUAUGGACUUUUAUGAACAUUUAUGCACCAAAUGAAAAUGAUGCAAAAUUCAUACAAGAAGAUUUUUUGAACUUGGCUGACGCAAAUGAUAAAAUAUUAACAGGCGGAGAUUUUAAUUUUUGUUCAGAUCCAGUUUUGGAUAGGUCAACUAAAGUUGUUACAAAAUUAAAAGUAAUAAAACUAACUUUAUCAUUAAUGAAAGAUUUAAACCUGAUUGAUAUAUGGAGAAAAAUUAAUCCAAGAGAAAGAGAUUAUUCAUUUUAUUCAAAUAGACAUAAAGCUUAGAUGGAGAUUUAAUACAAUUUUAUUAAAACGUCAAGAUUUUUGUGAUUUUAUGAAAAAACAGUUUAAAUUUUUUUGGAUACUAAUUUACAUUCAGUUGAGGAUAAAAUUGCAUUAUAGGAAGCGAUGAAAGCAUAUUUAAGGGGUCAGAUUAUAAGUUAUACAUCUAAAAUUAAGAAGGAAAAUUGGGAAAAGAUAUCAUAAAGUUAGAUAAAGAAUCUCAAAGAUAUAUGACCGAAGAAAAACAAAGACAACUUGUUAAUAAAAAACUACAAUUUAAUACACUCCAGACAUAUCGUACAGAAAAAGUAAUUAUGAGAACUAAACAGAAAUAUUACGAAUUAGGUGAAAGAUCACAUAAAAUUCUUGCUUGGCAGUUGAAAACAGAACAGGCUUUUAGAACAAUAAAUGCAAUUAGAACAAGUGUAAAUAAGGUUGCUGAUAAACCUUUAGAAAUUAAUGAAACUUUAAAUUUUUUUUAUACUUAACUAUUUCAAUCAGAAUCACAAAAUAAGAUUACUGAGAUAGAUGAUUUUUUAUCACAAAUAACCCUUCCAAAAUUUAAUUUGGAAGAACAGAAAGGAUUAGAUAUGCCCUUUACAUUAAAAGAGGUUGAGGAAGCUUUAGGAUCACUUCAGAGUAACAAAUCCCCAGAAGAAGAUGGUUUUCCUCCUGAAUGUUAUAAAAAAGAUUAAAGAUAUAUUAAUUACCCCCUUUAUGGAAAUAAUAUACCAAGUGGAAAGAAUGCAUAAACUCCCACAAUCUUUUUUAACAGCGAUCAUAACUGUAUUGCCAAAAAAAGAGAUCCUCUAAAACCAACAUCAUAUAGGCCUAUUUUUUUGUUGAAUACAGAUUAUAAGAUAUAACCAUAUAUAACCGUAUAACAAUCACAGCACGGAAACAGGCCAUCUUGGCCCUCCUAGUCCGUGCCGAACCCUUAAUCUCACCUAGUCCCACCUACCCGCACUCAGCCCAUAACCCUCCACUCCUUUCCUGUCCAUAUGCCUAUCCAAUUUUACCUUAAAUGACACAACUGAACUGGCCUCUACUACUUCUACAGGAAGCUCAUUCCACACAGCUAUCACUCUUUGAGUAAAGAAAUACCCCCUCGUGUUUCCCUUAAACUUCUGCCCCCUAACUCUCAAAUCAUGUCCUCUAGUUUGAAUCUCCCCUACUCUCAAUGGAAACAGCCUGUUCACGUCAACUCUAUCUAUCCCUCUCAAAAUUUUAAAUACCUCGAUCAAAUCCCCCCUCAACGUUCUACGCUCCAAUGAAUGGAGACCUAACUUGUUCAACCUAUCUCUGUAACUUAAUUGUUGAAACCCAGGUAACAUCCUAGUAAAUCAUCUCUGCACUCUCUCUAAUUUAUUGAUAUCUUUCCUAUAAUUCGGUGACCAGAACUGCACACAAUAUUCCAAAUUUGGCCUUACCAAUGCCUUGUACAACUUUAGCAUUACAUCCCAACUUCUGUACUCAAUGCUUUAAUUUAUAAAGGCCAGCGUUCCAAAAGCCCUCUUCAACACCCUAUCUACAUGAGACUCCACUUUCAGGGAACUAUGCACAGUUAUUCCUAGAUCUCUCUGUUCCUCUGCAUUCCUCAAUGCACUACCAUUUACUCUGUAUGUUCUAUUUGGAUUAUUCCUGCCAAAAUGUAGAACCUCACACUUCUCAGCAUUAAACUCCAUCUGCCAACGUUCAGCCCAUUUUUCUAACCGGCAUAAAUCUCCCUGCAAGCUUUGAAAAUCCACCUCAUUAUCCACAACACCUCCUACCUUAGUAUCAUCGGCAUACCUACUAAUCCAAUUUACCACCCCAUCAUCCAGAUCAUUUAUGUAUAUUACAAACAACAUUGGGCCCAAAACAGA